CAACCGCAGCAAUAACAUCGCUCCUAAGAAACCAAUACACUAUAAGCAAGGACAAUAAGGACUAAAAAACGAAAUCGAAAUUAAUUUAAAAAGAAAACAAACUAUUUCAACUCCGAUUGUGAUAUAUACUAGUAGUGGUUAAGUGUGUGUUUUGUGAUAUUUAUUAAAUUUUUUCCUGUAACUGACUAAAGAAUAAGAAUAGAAGAAGGACACAAAGAUGGACUUGUACUGUACCGAGAAAGCGGAGAACGAGAAUGUGGCUUACGACGACAGACACCUUUUGCACGACCGGGUACUUAAAAGGCUACUUAAGGACGAGGACAGAUACUGCAUACAGUACUGUCACAACGAUUUAAGGACAGUACAAACAGAAGUCAACGUCCACAUGCGAAAAGUCGUCGCUGAAUGGAUGAUGGAGGUCUGUGAGGAGCAAAAAUGCCAGGACGACGUCUUCGUAUUAGCAAUGAAUUACAUGGACAGAUUUUUAAUGUGUUGUUGUAUUAGAAAGACCCAAUUACAAUUGUUGGGCACAGCCUGUAUGCUAAUUGCGUCAAAACUCCGGCAACCCAGACCUCUAUUAGCUGAGACUUUAGUGUAUUAUACGGAUCAUAGUGUCACUAAGGAACAAUUAUUGGACUGGGAACUUCUAGUCUUGAGAACCUUAAAAUGGGACAUUUCCGCAGUGACAGCGCAAGCCUUCCUGAAACACAUCCUCAACAGGCUGACAGUGGAAGAAGUGGGUGUCAGCAUGGAUAUGGUCAUCAACCAUGCGAAAACCCUAAUCACCCUGUGCGCAAGAGAAUUUGAGUUUUCGAUGUACCACCCGAGCAUUCUGGCCUGCGCCAGCAUAUCGUCCGCCCUCUGCGGCGUCGGAUGGCUGGGCAAGAGCAGGAAAACGCUGGAAGAUCUUCUCGACGACCUCAACAGGAUCACCUCCAUCGAGAAGGACUACAUUGAACAGUGUCUGUCAAAAAUAGAGAGUAUGGUGUGUAGUUCAGCCUGCUACGAAAGCCAAACCAGCGAACACCAGGAAGCUGAGACCUUCAGGCCGGGCGAAUUCACGCCGCCACCAAGCAAAAUUGAAGAGCACAGUGCGACGCUGACACCUACGGAUGUGCAGAACGUGCAGUUCUAAAGCAAUUUUGUCUAGUGAUAGUGAUAAAUUAGCGCUUCCAUAAAACUUUUAUUGAAAAUAAUUUUUUGUACAAAGUGUGUUGUGUACCUUGAGACUUAAAAAAAAACGGUGUGCUUUUGAAGGAAGAGAGAUGAAUGAAGCAGAGAUAUGUUAACUACGUGGGGAAAGCAAUAAGUUACGCUUUAAAGCAGUUUUACACGAGAAGUGAGCCAGCAACGUGGGAAUCCUGAAUAAUAAAAUGGUACAACUCCAGAACUGCAGAACAUUCGUUCUAGAAAAAUUUCUCAUGUUUUCAAAUAGACAGAAGUUAUCGGUUUUUUUAAUACUAUGCAAGUCAAAUGUGCCUUAAUAUAAUUCGUGUAUGGUAGACCGACCUUGUUCUUAUCUACUUAAGUCAGUAUAAUCUUUUGGGGAGUCAUUAUCAUUCAAAACUGACCUAAAAUACAUAAUCUUUAACUGUAUUCGUUUGAUAAACUUCUGUUAGAAAUCUGUGGCAAUCCAUUUUUAAUUCGAUAUUCACUGCCCGUGUACAACAUGUGAAAUAAUAGAACGUACAUUUUUUUAAAUACUUAUAUUAUAACAAUUUGGUUCUGGUAAUGUCAGGACCGUUGCAGAAUAUUUGAAAGCACUAUAGUCAUUGUAAAUACAUUAAGAAUAUUUUGCAGUUUUUGUUCCUAUGAUUUUGGAGUGUUCCAAUUGUAAAGAAUUGUAAUCUGUACACUUAGCUAGCAGCUUUCAAAUCUGGCGGAUGUGCAAACGAAUUGUGCUUCGCAGUUAGAUAAUAUCUUAAUUCAUUCUUUCAGGUGAAAAUUGUUUGCACAUCUGCCAUUAAAAGAAGUGGGCGAUAAGGUUUUGUGUAGAGAAAUAUUUUUAAAGAACUUAAAGACUGUUUUGCUCAUAAGCAAGGACUUAAUUAAGUUUUAUAAUAGUAUCGAAAAUAUCAGAUUUUUGUAUUUAAUUUAUAACCAAUGCAAUAGAAGUAUUUAAACAAAAAUCGUUACUUUUUUAGUUGCUUUUAUUUGUUUUAUAGUUAAUGAUGUUUAUAUUGUAUAUGUGAUUUAAACGUAUUUUAUUAUGUGAUUUUGUUUAUUCUAAAAUUAGAGGUGAUCAAAAAAGUGAUUUAAAAAUUAUUAAAAAAUAUAUUUAGUACCUAAUAUGCUUCAGCAUAAAAUUAUAUAUUAGUUGCUUUUUAUUCGACAUUUGUAUAUAGUAGAAUUAUUGUAAAUAUGAAUAUAUUAUCAACCACGUUCACACUGCCAUUUCCAUACAAAAACAUACAGAAACCUAAUUUUCAAUAGUACAGAAAUACUUAUCCCUAUAUACCUCAGUUCAGUUCCACAAUAGCAAUAGUUUUAAGUAUAUUUGUAUAUUUAUACAUAUAUGUAAUCUUGGCUUGUAUUUGUACAUAUCAGUUAUAACAAUUUACAACAAAACAUGUUUUUAUGAAUCAAAA